GUGAAACGAAACGUAAAAGAACGAUACGAACUUGAUUGAAUUCACCUCAAUUCGCUCAAUAAGUAUAAUUGUUGAAGAUGCCAAAGUCAAAAGAAUAUCUCUCUGACAGUGAUGAUAGCAGUAGUGAAGAGGAAGUAAAAUCGAAGAAGCAAAAGAGGGAAAGAGAGGAUGAUAAAGCAACGAAAGAUGAGAAGAAACCGGCAAAGAAGGCGAAAACUGACGAUGAUACUGUUUGGGACUUGGGCAACAAUCGUCAAGUAAAUGUGAGAAAUUUCAAAGGCAAAUAUUAUGUUGAUAUCCGGGAGAUGUAUUAUGACAAGGAAGGUGAUUUAAAACCUGGAAAAAAAGGAAUAUGUUUAUCCAUGCAACAAUGGCGAAAGUUCAUGAAUGUUGUGGAAGAAGUGGAUGAAGUGGCCAAAUCAAAGAGUUAAAACUUCAAUUCUAAUGAAUUUCAAUUAAAAAAUGUGUUUUCUUAUAUUCACAAUUUUUUUCAACCUUAAGAUUUUGAAAAU